GGCUUCACUAACCAUACCAGCGAAACGCAGUCCUCUGAUCAACCAAACGCCAAAAGCCGCGGUUAUGCUUCAUCGUCCUUAAGCAGAGCACUCGAAUUGGAAAAUUCCAUAAGCUUUGAAUUGCUGCGUUUGUUUUUGCAUUGUUAGGGUUCGUACAUCGGUUUUAAAAAAAAAAUUUAUUUACGUUUUUUUUUGUUUUCGUUGUACUUGUGAUUUUUUCUGGUUAGGGCUCGCAUAAUCUGUUUGGUGAUUUGCCAUAGAGAAAAUUUGCACGAGUUUGCAGUUUUUGUCUCGUCUGUGGAAAUCUGCGUGUUUUCUUCCUGCUUUCUGCUCUGUAGGUGCUUAUAAAUUUUGUGGUGCGUUUUUUCCCCAUUGAAGAAAACCUUAUAUGGAAGGAGAACACAACAUACUAGACGCAGUAUUUGGAGACGAUAACUUUGAAGAUGGCGAAGAUGUUGAGAUGCUUGAUGUGGAAGAAGGAGAGCUUGUGGAAGAAGGGGAGCUUGUGGAUUUUAACUCACAAAAUGGUUCGGGACAGAUCAGUGGUGGCAAUGUCAGUGUAGCAAACCAAGAACGUCAGGGCAAGAAUCAGAAGCGCAGGGGUAAGAAGAAGAGGAAUAGGGGAAGGAACAGUGGCCCUGGAAUUAAUGUCACUGACAUAGACAGGUUUGUGAUGGAUACAUGUAGGCGACUGAAAGAGAAGAAAUCAUAUCUGGUAUAUACUGCUGUUGGUUGUCUGGGUGUUCUUGCAUUGAAUGAUCUCGUCAAAGAGGUGGAUGCAAUCCAGGCUUGUGGAGGUCAGAUGACUCAUGAUGGCAAACGUUUCCGAUUUGGUGGUGGAGUACUAUGGAGUAUCAUCAAAGCACGAGAACCAAAGGCCUACAAAGAGAUAAUGAAAAAAGGAAGGGAAUUUGAGAAGCAAUUCAGGUCAACAAAUAAUAGACAACCAAUACAGCAAGGGAAAGAAGGUUCAUCUAAAGCAAUUGUGAAUUCAUUCAAGGAUGAUACUCCAGCUAAUGUUUCAGAUGCCGUACCGGUUAUUUGUCAAAUGCAAACUCAAGGCAUUCAGUCAAAUACUGAAGGGAAACAACUUUCUGUUCAUGAUAGGUUAAGGAUACCUGUUUCAUAUGAUGAUGACCUGCUUGGAGAGGCGCCCAAAGAUGAUGCACUUGAAUAUUAGAGGAAAUGGAUUUAUAUUCACCCAGGAUCUUCUGUUUCUAUUUUUUCAUCCAGAUGGUAGGCAUUGAGUUUACUCACAAAUGGGGUUUUUAUAUGCAGAAAGUUCUCUUUUGUUUCGUUAGCCUGGAGGCAACAUAAUUCUUUUCCCCUAGUAAAGAGUUUAACUGAAGUUUAUCGGCCUUAUCCUAUUGUGAUUAAAAGCAUUUCAAUGAAAUUUCAAGAAUGCCUUUUGCCACUA